UGGAGGAAAUUUUAAGCAGUAUGAAGCAAAAAUGAGCCAGCAAGAUUCUCAAACAGCACAGCAGCACUGCCGAGUUGUGCAGGUUGUUCUGAUGACAUUGACAGUAUAUGUUGAAUGGGUGUCUUUGCAUUACAUAUUCUCAAAUGAUGGCAAGCUCUUACAAUCCUUAUGUUUUCUACUAAGUCAAGACAGUCUCAAGAUGGAAGCUGCAGAAUGCCUCUUACAGGUAUGUUUCUUUAACCGGAUUAUGAUACUGUACUAGGAAAUAUUAGUGGUGAUUUUCAUAUUUUCUUCUUCCGUUUUAUGUUUUAUUGAGGUGACUUUUUUGACUUUUAUGUCUUAUAAAAGUAUGUUGUACUUGUGUAAAAACUUAUUUGUAGCUGUAAGAGCAGA